CCGUCAAAACGUAUCAUCAAAAAGAGGGUUGCGCCGCUUCCGUCGGCGGUAAAGAAGCAGGAACCGAAAAAGGAACAAAAUCCCCUAUUUGAACGGAGACCUCGGAAUUUCGGAAUUGGCCAGGACAUUCAACCAAAGAGAGAUUUAACUAGAUUUGUGAAAUGGCCUCGGUACAUUCGUCUGCAGCGGCAAAGAGCUGUAUUGAUGAAGCGGUUAAAGAUCCCACCUUCGAUAAACCAAUUCCAUCAAACGCUGGACGCUCAGACAAGAGCUCAGCUGUUACGGUUGCUUGAGAAAUACCGCCCUGAAACGAAACAGCAAAAACACAAUCGUCUAAAGAAAAGGGCUGAAGCCCGAGCUGCUGGAAAACAGGAGGAGGUAACCAAACGGCCGCCAGUAGUACGUUCUGGUGUCAAUACUGUUACCAGAUUAGUUGAACAGAAAAAAGCACAACUAGUUGUGAUCGCUCAUGAUGUGGAUCCGCUGGAAAUCGUGUUGUUCUUACCCGCGUUAUGUCGCAAGUUCAAGGUGCCGUAUUGUAUUUUGAAGGGAAAGGCUAGGUUAGGGCAGGUGGUGCACCGUAAAACUACAUCCUGUCUAGCCGUUGUCGAUACCAACCCAGAAGAUAAGGUUGUGUUGAACAAACUCAAGGAAACUAUGGUAACAAACUUCAAUGAUCGGGGAGAGGAGCUGAGGAAAAACUGGGGUGGUGGAAUUAUGUCGAAACGCUCGCAAGCCAAACAGGAGCGGAUCGCAAAAGCUCGAGCAAAGGAGUUGGCUCAAAAGAUGUAA